UUACAGGAACGAGAUGAGCAUCCGCACAGAGGCAACGAGGAGCGGAGGCAGAGGAGCUCGUCCGAACAGGAACACAGGCGGGACAGAAGCGAUGAGAGAGAGAGACACAGGGACCACUCGGACAGGAGGAAAAAUCCCAGCGAAAGGCCCGGAGGCCGAGGCCACGAGCGAGACAGGGAUGUGCAGAACAUCCGCGAGCAGCAAGCGGAGAGGGAGUUUUACAACGAGAGGAGACGGGAGCAUCGGGAGAAGAACGAAGCGAGCGGCGUUAGCCAGAACCCGGAACUCCGGCAGGCCGAGAAUAAACCGAAAGAGCCCGUAAAAAAAGAGAAGCCAAGUUUUGAACUGUCCGGUGCCCUCCUGGAGGACGCCAACACCUUCCGGGGGGUCGUGAUCAAGUACAGCGAGCCCCCCGAGGCGCGGAUCCCGAAGACGCGGUGGCGCCUCUACCCGUUCAAGAACGACGAGUUCCUGCCCGUCAUGUACAUCCACCGGCAGAGCGCCUACCUGCUGGGCCGGCACCGGCGCAUCGCCGACAUCCCCAUCGACCACCCGUCGUGCUCCAAGCAGCACGCCGUCUUCCAGUACCGGCUCGUGGAGUACACGCGCGCCGACGGCACCGUCGGCCGCAGAGUGAGGCCCUAUAUCAUCGACCUCGGCUCCGGCAACGGGACCUUCCUGAACAACCAGCGGAUCGAGCCGCAGCGCUACUACGAACUGAAAGAAAAGGAUGUGCUCAAAUUCGGCUUCAGCAGCAGGGAAUACGUCCUCCUUCACGAGUCCUCGGAUAAAUCCGAGGCAAACACAAAGGACGAUGACGAGGAGGAGGAAGAGAAGGAGGAAGAGUCAGACAGUUAACAGAUGGGGAAGAAAUUGGGGUGGU